AUGCUAGAAGGUCGGUCUCUUACGGAGCCUAUUCCUAGGAUUUUGAGCAAGGAGCAUGGUUCGGUGAAGUUCUGCAAAGCCAGUGUCUCGAAAAUCGACUACGCAAACAGGGUUGUUCACAUUAACUCGAACGAUAAAGUUUCGUUCGAUCUGCUUGUGGUUGGCAUUGGUGCAGAAAAUGCUACAUUUGGGAUACCUGGGGUCAAGGAACACGCAUGCUUCCUAAAGGAGCUUGAGGAUGCGCGUGAGAUUAGACAGCGUGUAAUAAACUGCAUCGAGCAAGCUUCUCAGGAGCAGAAUGACACUGAGCUUGAGCGAAAGUUGCACAUGGUGGUUGUCGGAGGUGGACCGACCGGUAUCGAGACUGCCGCAGAGAUGAGGGACUUUUUCAGAAAUGAUGUACAGAGACUGUUUCCCAAACUCUCCGACAAGGUCAAGAUAACCUUGGUGGAGGCUCUUCCUUUCGUUUUCAAUCGCCUCUGGGCAGCCAUUAAGCGCGAAGUUAUAACCAUCUUGGCCGAAGAAGUCUCCGAACCGAAUGAGAUCGACAAGAUCUGGGUUGAGAUGUUUCAGAAUGCGGCUGGGCCUUGUACCUUUAUGGAUCAGGUUGGCCUGGAUACUGUUGCAUUCAUUGAAGACCAUUAUAUCGAGGAGCGCCAAUUAGGUUCUACGUUGACCGUUGACUGGCUACGCAAAAACUAUGUCAAUCAAGGGAAACUGGGCAAUAAAAGUGACAAGGGCGGCCUCUACCCUCCUCAACCUGCAGUUAAUUCUUCGAAUCUGCCCACAGUCUACUUCCUCGAUAUUGGACUGGGUUCAAUUGUACAGGAUCUUUCGGCGCUUGGAAAGUCGGGUCGCAUCCUCCGACGAACCAAUGAUGGAGAGUGCGAAACACUCAUUACCAACUUGAACUGUCCUGACGGGAUUGACUAUUCGCCCUCUGUUGGGCGCAUUUUCUGGACAAACAUGGGAAUCAGACCGGCCGCAAACGAUGGCUCCGUCAUGUCUGCCAACUUGGACGGCAGCGACGUACAGGUCGUGCUAUCAGAAGGCGCCGUGCAUACACCCAAGCAACUUGUUGUGGACGACACGAACCAAAAGCUUUACUUCUGCGAUAGGGAGGGAAUGCGCAUCCACCGGUGCGACUUCGAUGGUCAAAACCAUGAAAUCUUGGUGUGCAGGGGUGAAUUUGGUACCGAAGACCAGAAUGACCAAACCCGUUGGUGUGUUGGAAUUACCAUUGAUGAAACGCGCGGUAAAAUUUAUUGGUCUCAGAAGGGUCCCUCUAAGUCGAAUCAGGGACGCAUUUUCCGUGCAAAUAUCAAGAUGCCUGCUGGUGAGACGGCUACCAACCGAACAGAUAUUGAAUCUCUAUUUGAGGGGUUGCCUGAACCGAUCGACCUCGAAAUCGACACAGAUACUGAGACGCUCUAUUGGACUGACCGCGGAGAGCACCCGUAUGGCAACACAUUGAACCAGGCAUCCGUUGGCGCGGGGAAACCUCAUCUAAAGAUAUUGGCCCGUCAUUUUAACGAGCUUAUCGGGAUGAAGGUUGACUGGGCAAACCGGCAAAUUUACCUCAGUGACCUAGGAGGAUCUCUAUAUAGGGUUGAUAUGGAUGGGUCCAACAAGACUGUCCUCCAUAGCGACGAGGGGAGCUACUCUGGUAUCACUUUGGUUUGA